GUAUAAAACUGUUUUCGCCUGACUUCAAAUCAGUUAAAAAUAACGAUGAGUGUGGAGUGGUGUUCAAUUUUUAAUUAGAAUCUUCAAUUAAAUUGUUCUCGAAUAGUUUUGUGGUUUACGCACAAGGAUAAAAAAUGAUUGAAGCUUUAUUGGAAGAAUGGAACGAGUUAAACACAGAUUUCAAAGAAUUGGAGGUGGCAAAUAAAACCUACCUUCAGAAGUUAGAUGAAUUAUCAGGUCAACAGAAAAAAUGCCAAGAACACAUCACCCACCAAAAAUACAGAAUUGGAAUUAUAUCCAAGACCAUAAAAGAUUUAUCCAAAAAAAGUGAGUCACCUGAAGAAAUAAAUGAAUUAAAAACCAAUAUCUUAAAACGGAAAGCACAGCUUUUUGAAAUUGAACAGGCUCUACCCAAACAAAAUGGAACUUAUUUAAAAAUUAUUUUAGGAAACGUUAAUGUUUCCAUUUUAAAUAAGGAAGACAAAUUUAAGUACAAAGAUGAAUAUGAAAAGUUUAAGUUAAUUUUAAGUAUAAUUUGUUUUUUACUGGCUGUUAUAAAUUACACAGUGAAAUUUAGGCCUCUAGAAUUAAGUUAUAUAUUUUUACUGGUGUGGUAUUAUUGUACCCUGACAAUACGAGAAAGUAUUUUAAAAGUAAACGGGUCAAGAAUUAAGGGAUGGUGGCGCUUACAUCAUUUUAUAUCGACGGCUGCUGCAGGAAUCUUGCUUAUUUGGCCGGAUACCGAGACGUGGUACCUCUUUAGGAACAAGUUCAUGCUGUUUAACAUUUACAUAAGCACCGUUCAGUAUCUUCAAUUUAGGUACCAAAGAGGUGUUUUGUAUAGAUUAAAAGCCCUUGGCGAGAGACAUAACAUGGACAUCACUAUUGAAGGUUUCCACUCCUGGAUGUGGAGAGGUUUGAGUUUCCUUUUGCCAUUUCUUUUUGCCGGUUACAUUUUCCAACUGUACAUUUCCUAUGACCUCUACAACAUCUAUAUCCAACACCAAGAAACCACUACAUGGCAUGUGCCCGUUUUGAGUCUGAUGUUUUUCGUCCUGUUUGUCGGCAACACCGCGACCACGAUAUUCGUCAUACCCAGCAAGUUCCGAGAACGCAUGCGCCUAAAAUACAGGGUGAUGAGCCAGCGCCUGAGCGGUCAACUGCUGAACCGUGAGAAUGAAUGUCAUUUUGAAGAUCCUACAAACAAACAUGAUUAAGUCAACCAUAAAAUAUCAUUAAUAUAUCAAAAAAGCAGAAAAUAAUAAUUAGUAUGGUGUAAUAGUAUUAUUUUUUUGUACUGGGGUAUUGAAGUACUCUUUUUUAUUUUAAAAUAAUUGAACUACUGUUGCGUGCACUAUAAAACAAAUAGUAAGAAUUGGAUGGGUUAACCCAAUAUAUUCUUAUUUUUUGAUAUAAAUGUAAAAUCGUUGGUUUAAGGUGUAAAACUUGUAAAACUCGGAUUAAUUGGCUGGCUCCAAUCUGCCUAUUAUAAAUUAUUUUGUAUUCUUUACUUGUAUUGACAUUUUUUAAUUAUGUGGUAGCUUUUUUAUUGAUUUUGUACCAAAAGGGAGUAAUAUCUUGAAUUUUUUAAAGGUUGCACCAUAAAUCGACGAAAUGUGUAGAUACAUAAGUAUUUUUAAUUAUUACCAUGCAUUUUAUUUAUGUAAACAAGUUUAUAAAUAUACUAUUUAAGUCA